AUGAGUGGGCUCCGAGUUCCUGCAGCGGCAGGCACUGGGGGAGGAGCCGGUGUCGGCAGAGCAGGAGACCAGGGGGGAUCAGCGGCUGCGGCUAUGGAGACUAGUGCACCAGCUACUGUCGCUGAUAUUACUGAGCAGUUUCGGCGUACUCACACUUCUGGAGGAGGGGCAGCAGCCGCAGGAGCAGCAGGUGCAGGGGCUGGGGCUGCCACGGACCCUGCUCUACUUUCCAGGGUGGCGGAGAUUAGGGACGCCAUCCAGGCAGAGACGGUACCACCAGAGUUUACAGCGCUCAUAGAGACAGAGUCCGCUGUACUAGCAGCUGACUUGCGAGCCGUCGUUAAGACCGAGAGGGGUCUGGCGAAGACUCGCAAGCAGUUUUCUGAGGGACAGGUGGCGCACUGCAUCCCGAAGAACUUUGUACCUGAGCUCCACCUCCACACUACAGAGGCACAGGAGCAGCUUCGGACUAGGAUGCAGGAGCUUCAGCAGCACGCACAGGGACAGAUGCAGCUGAUUCUUAUCAGCGGCCAGGUGGAGGACUUGCAGCAGCUUCAGACUCGGGUCACUACCUGGCGUGACAGGCUUCUCGUGACGAUAGACGACCGACUUGCGAGAGCCUGUGACGUGGGGUUCCUUGCGCAGCAGUUUGCAGCAGAGCCGGCACGCUCUGCUAUCUGGCAGAGCAUCCAGGACGCUGAGGCAGCAGUUCUACCAGCAGCCUUUUUUGGGGCCUUCUUUCCAGCAGCAGCAGUUUGGAGCACCCCUCCGGCAGCAGCAGUUUGGAGCACCUCCUCCGACCCCCCCACAGCCCCCCCUGCCACAGCAGCCUCCACAGGGCGCUCUGUGCAGGAGGUGGCGGACAAGCUAACUAACGUGGCUGUCCACAACCUUUCGCGCAGGCAGUUGUCAGAGGAUGAGCUUGCAGGCCUCGCCCUUGGCCUCAAGUUCAUCCCGACACCACCCUCCUUAGACCAGGAGCAGCUGAGACAGGCGGUGGAGCAGUUUCAGAGGAGGGUCAGGCUGGCUUGGCAGUUCCGGGACAGUCGCAGACCAGUACCCAGGUUCAGAGUCCCACGUCCCAGCUGGCAGCCGAGUUCGGGACCAGAGGAGGUUGAGGAGUACCUGGCCGGGGUAGCUGACAGGGUAGAGGGUUUGUCGGAGCUGAUAGGGGGGCCAGCGCGGCCCAACGUGAGCAGGAGGGUGUUGGGCGCGCUGCAGAGGUUGAGUCGGGACCGGUCUAUAGUUAUUAAACCGGCCGACAAAAACCUUGGGAUUGCGGUGUUAGACAGGGAGUGGUACGAGGGGGAGGCGCUGAGGCAGCUGGGGGACAGGGCGGUUUACGAGCCGGUGGCUAUGGUGCCGUUGCAGAGACUUUGGGGGCAGUUGUGUCGGUGGGCAGAGCAGGCACGCCUGGCAGGGUUGCCGUCGCAGGUGUUAGACUUUAUCCUGCAGCCACGCACUCCGUGUUUGGAGCGGGCUACCAGAGCUUGGGAGCGGUUUCGGGUGUGCAGAUUCUACUUGCUACCGAAGCUGCACAAGACUCCAGUAGCCGGCAGGCCUAUCUGCUCGUCCACGCUCUGGGUUUUUGAGCAUGCAUCGGCAGUCUUAGACCACUACCUCCGCCCUUUACUACGGUUUUCACCCUCGCACCUUCCAGACUCACUUGCACUUUUGCACCAGCUAGAGGACCUUCGUGUGCCAGCAGAGGCUCUCUUCCUGACCUACGACGUUGAGAGCCUCUACCCAUCGAUCCCUAUCGACGCAGGUAUCAGCUGCAUCGAGAGGUGGUUGCUUCGGUGGGCAGCACAGGGGAGGAUUGCAAGGGGGGUAGCAGACACACUGGUGCAGCUGUUGGGGUUGGUCAUGAGGCAGAACCACCUCGAGUUUGGUGGUCGUUUUUGGCGGCAGGUUCGGGGGACUGCUAUGGGCACGCCUGUAGCAGUGAUCUACGCGGUUCUGUUCAUGGCUUGGUUAGACGAGAGGUUGCUAGAGACAGAGCCCGAGUUGUCGCAGCACGUCCUUCUCCACCGCAGGUUCAUAGACGACAGGGGUGGUGGUUUGGACGGGGACACGGGAGCGGCUGCUGGAGUGGGUGGGGGCGUUUGCAAGGGAGAGCUCUGGCAGACGACGGCUAUCUUGGACACCACGACCUUCCAGAAGCCGCUCAACGUGUACCAGUACUUUCCUUUCUCCUCCGCGCACCCCUCUCACUGCAAGAGGGGCUUCAUCUUGGGUGAGCUGCAGCGGUACAUUCUGAGGGAGUCCAGUUCUCGAGGGUUUAGGAGUAUCAGGUCGGCCUUCUACGCUCGGCUGCGGGCGCGGGGGUACCCAGACACUUUCUUGCAGCCGAUCUUCAGCAGCAUCUCCUACGCACGACGCCCGGAGCUUCUUGCCAGGUCACGGGCUCGGGGGGAGGGGGAGCAGGAGGCGCAGCAGCGGGUUCUCCCUCUUGUUCUCGACUUCCACCCGAGUGUGCAGCAGACACUUCUGGAGGAGGGGCAAGCAGCCGCAGGAGCAGCAGGUGCAGGGGCUGGGGCUGCCACGGACCCUGCUCUACUUUCCAGGGUGGCGGAGAUUAGGGACGCCAUCCAGGCAGAGACGGUACCACCAGAGUUUACAGCGCUCAUAGAGACAGAGUCCGCUGUACUAGCAGCUGACUUGCGAGCCGUCGUUAAGACCGAGAGGGGUCUGGCGAAGACUCGCAAGCAGUUUUCUGAGGGACAGGUGGCGCACUGCAUCCCGAAGAACUUUGUACCUGAGCUCCACCUCCACACUACAGAGGCACAGGAGCAGCUUCGGACUAGGAUGCAGGAGCUUCAGCAGCACGCACAGGGACAGAUGCAGCUGAUUCUUAUCAGCGGCCAGGUGGAGGACUUGCAGCAGCUUCAGACUCGGGUCACUACCUGGCGUGACAGGCUUCUCGUGACGAUAGACGACCGACUUGCGAGAGCCUGUGACGUGGGGUUCCUUGCGCAGCAGUUUGCAGCAGAGCCGGCACGCUCUGCUAUCUGGCAGAGCAUCCAGACGCUGAGGGUUAGGCGGGUGGAGCAGCAGCAGCGUCAGAGAGAGCGACGUCAGGAGCGGCGUGAGCAGGCAGAGGCGACGCCUGUAGACCAGACCAUGGGAGAGUUUGUCCCCAGGGAGGUCGAGAGGCAGGUGGGCGCCUGGCAGGACGAGGCCCGGGAGCAGCUUCGUCGCAUCCUCGAGCGACUUGACCCAGCAGUUCUACCAGCAGCCUUUUUUGGGGCCUUCUUUCCAGCAGCAGCAGUUUGGAGCACCCCUCCGGCAGCAGCAGUUUGGAGCACCUCCUCCGACCCCCCCACAGCCCCCCCUGCCACAGCAGCCUCCACAGGGCGCUCUGUGCAGGAGGUGGCGGACAAGCUAACUAACGUGGCUGUCCACAACCUUUCGCGCAGGCAGUUGUCAGAGGAUGAGCUUGCAGGCCUCGCCCUUGGCCUCAAGUUCAUCCCGACACCACCCUCCUUAGACCAGGAGCAGCUGAGACAGGCGGUGGAGCAGUUUCAGAGGAGGGUCAGGCUGGCUUGGCAGUUCCGGGACAGUCGCAGACCAGUACCCAGGUUCAGAGUCCCACGUCCCAGCUGGCAGCCGAGUUCGGGACCAGAGGAGGUUGAGGAGUACCUGGCCGGGGUAGCUGACAGGGUAGAGGGUUUGUCGGAGCUGAUAGGGGGGCCAGCGCGGCCCAACGUGAGCAGGAGGGUGUUGGGCGCGCUGCAGAGGUUGAGUCGGGACCGGUCUAUAGUUAUUAAACCGGCCGACAAAAACCUUGGGAUUGCGGUGUUAGACAGGGAGUGGUACGAGGGGGAGGCGCUGAGGCAGCUGGGGGACAGGGCGGUUUACGAGCCGGUGGCUAUGGUGCCGUUGCAGAGACUUUGGGGGCAGUUGUGUCGGUGGGCAGAGCAGGCACGCCUGGCAGGGUUGCCGUCGCAGCUAGAGGACCUUCGUGUGCCAGCAGAGGCUCUCUUCCUGACCUACGACGUUGAGAGCCUCUACCCAUCGAUCCCUAUCGACGCAGGUAUCAGCUGCAUCGAGAGGUGGUUGCUUCGGUGGGCAGCACAGGGGAGGAUUGCAAGGGGGGUAGCAGACACACUGGUGCAGCUGUUGGGGUUGGUCAUGAGGCAGAACCACCUCGAGUUUGGUGGUCGUUUUUGGCGGCAGGUUCGGGGGACUGCUAUGGGCACGCCUGUAGCAGUGAUCUACGCGGUUCUGUUCAUGGCUUGGUUAGACGAGAGGUUGCUAGAGACAGAGCCCGAGUUGUCGCAGCACGUCCUUCUCCACCGCAGGUUCAUAGACGACGGGGUGGUGGUUUGGACGGGGACACGGGAGCGGCUGCUGGAGUGGGUGGGGGCGUUUGGUGGGUUGGAGCAGACUAUUCGACUGACCCACGAGAUCUCCACCUCACAGUUCACCUUGCUGGAUAUCACGUUCAGCAAGGGAGAGCUCUGGCAGACGACGGCUAUCUUGGACACCACGACCUUCCAGAAGCCGCUCAACGUGUACCAGUACUUUCCUUUCUCCUCCGCGCACCCCUCUCACUGCAAGAGGGGCUUCAUCUUGGGUGAGCUGCAGCGGUACAUUCUGAGGGAGUCCAGUUCUCGAGGGUUUAGGAGUAUCAGGUCGGCCUUCUACGCUCGGCUGCGGGCGCGGGGGUACCCAGACACUUUCUUGCAGCCGAUCUUCAGCAGCAUCUCCUACGCACGACGCCCGGAGCUUCUUGCCAGGUCACGGGCUCGGGGGGAGGGGGAGCAGGAGGCGCAGCAGCGGGUUCUCCCUCUUGUUCUCGACUUCCACCCGAGUGUGCAGCAGGUCCGCUGGGGUAGGUUGCUGGCCUUCCCUCCAGAGGCACCAGCGUUUGAGCAGCUUUCUCACUACAGGGCACCUUUCGUGUCCUACAGGGCACCUCCGUCGCUCCGACAGCUACUCGUGCGAGCGUCGUUCAGGUGA